AUGGAGACCCACGUCCAGCAGCACCUCAACACUAAGUGGACCACCUGCAGCCGGAAGCUGCUCAAGGACGGGCACAAUUUCUUCGUGCGCGGCGUCAACUACGCGCCCACACCCAUCGGCCGCCCCGGACGACUGGACAUGCUGGGCGAACCCACCAUCUUCCUGCGCGACCUGCAGAACCUGCGGCUCAUGAACGCCAACGCCGUCAAGACGUACGACUUCUACAGCUACGUGCAGCACAAGGACUACCUGGACGCCGCCUUUAACGACAACGUGGACCCGGUCUACACCAUCUUCUCCAUCUGGAUCGACCAGAGCGUCAUGGAGCCGGCGCUGCUCGAGAGCAGCCCCGAGUUCCAGCACUUGGUGCGCGAGUACUACCUCAUGGCCAAGGAGACGGGCGGUCACCCGGGCGUCAUGGGCUACUCCAUUGGCGGUGAGAUGAACAGCAUCACUGUGAUCCAGGACAAGACCUUCUGGAGCAAGUUCUCCGCGCUCACGAGCGCCGUCCGCCGCGGUCUCAAGGAGAAUAACAACGCUCAGAAGAUCAUCACCACGACCUUUGUGGAUGACGGAGGCGCGAGCUUCAUUGCUGGCGAGAAGUUCAAGGCUGAUGUCGACAUGUGGGGAUCCAAUGUCUACCAGUCGGACUAUCCGGGAUCCGUGAUUCCCAAGUUCCAAGCUGUGCCGGGCAGCAAACCAUUGCUGGUCUCGGAAUACGGCUAUCCUUACAGCAGCUCUCACGGAGUUGGAAGCUACAUGCAGCUCAACUACGUCGCCGAUCAACUCACGCAGCAGACGCUCGCCAUGCAGAACAACUUCCAGCUCACAGACGGCGUGGAUGAGCAAGUUAUCGUCGGUGGAUUCGUGUUCGAGUACAGUGACGAGUGGUGGAAGGCUGGCAACCCCGACGAGCACAACCUGGGACUCGUCAAGAACAGCCAGUUCCCGCUGGGAUACCUGUCGGAAGAGUACUUUGGUCUCUUCAGCGCAUCGCGCGCAACGCCCGACGACCCAGAGGUCGACGCCUCGACAUCGCCCAAUGUGCUCAAGGCGAGACCGACCGUGUCGCUGCUCACGGAGAUUUGGGGCAACGGAUCCCUGGCGACGGAGGGGAAGCUGAUCACGGACUGCAAGGCCCACGUCGAGCCAGUGACAAUCGCUGCCACCUCGAACAAUGUGGUGUCCAAUGCAGAGACUGCGUCCUCCGCCUCGUUUGGCGACUUCAUGGUGCUGGGCCUGCUUGGAGGUGUGUUCUUCUUCCUGCUGGUUGCCAUCCGCACGAGCGCGCGUCGGAUGAAGUACCAGAAACUGUCUCCGCCGUCGUCGACCCGCACGGUUUGGGGGUCGACGCGUUACCAGUCUGGGCCCGCUACGGAGUCGUCGCUGCUGGCUCAUGACAUUGAUCACCAAGUGGUUUAG